GAGGAAAGAUGGCGGCGGUGCAGGUUGCCGGCUCGCUGCCCCCCUGCAGCCAGCCGAGGGAGGCGCCGCGGGAGCCGCCCCCCGAGCCCGCCAGUGGCUUCUACCGCUUGUCCGCCAGGCUCCGCGCCCUGCGCUCGGAGGACAGCAGCUCCGCCCGCACUGAGAUCCACCUGCUCUUCGACCAGCUCAUCUCGGAGAACUACGGCGAGGGCAGCGGCGUGGCCCCGGAGGAUGUCAGUGCUCUUCUUGUCCAAGCUUGCCGACUGGUGCCUCCUAAUCAGAAUCAUCUUGUGAGCAAAGUGUCUAAGAUGAUCCACCAUUUACUUAACAGAUUACAGGUGAUUGUUGAUGAACAGAACUUGGAUUUCUUGUUGGCGUAUACUAUUUCAGCUAUUCGUCAGUGUAGUUCGUGGACACACAUGGAAAUUCUUCAAGCCCUAGCAGCUCUGGUUUACUACAAUGGUUCAAAAUGUCAAAAGUAUCUCCCAGACUUGCUAGGUAAUUCUGGCCUCUUGCUGAAGAUGAGUGACUUGGCUCAGUCUGACCCUGAAGUCAGGAGAGCUGCGGUGCACUGUAUGGCAAACUUAUGUCUCAGCGUGCCAGGCCAGCCAUACUUGGAGGAACCUUACCAAAAUAUUUGCUUCAAAGCUUUCUUGACAAUUUUACAGUCCUCAAAAUCAUCUGAUAUGGAUGACAUAGUAUUUUGUAUGUUGUUACAAAAUGCAUUAAAGGGCAUACAGUCACUUCUCAAUGGUGGGAAGAUGAAACUGACACAGACUGAAGAACUUGGAGCACUUCUAGCAGUGCUAAAGAAAACCAUGUUUCAUGGACUCCCUGGACUAAACAUAGAGAUGCCCACGGUGCUUUACCCAACUCCACUUCCUCAGUAUGAUGGGCGACCACCUGUCAAACCUCAGCAGCCAGAAUCCAGUGCUUCUCGACCUGUUACGAAUAAAAAGAAAAAAUCCAAGGUAAAACCAAAGAAAAUCCAGCAAGGAGAUGAGGAGGAAGAAGAAUUCGAUGGGGAAGCAGAAGCAGCUGCAGGCAGUGGCACCUGGGGUUCCUCUUCCGUGGGUGUCCAGAGUUUACCUAGAAAUGAGAGUGGAACUUCUGGAAAAGCCCACGUCUCCUCCCCUUUCCGGUCUUCCAGUUGGAAAAGAGUUAGCAGUAGUGAAUCGGAUUAUUCUGAUGCAGAAGGAAGCAUGCAGGGUAAAGUGAGGUCAUACCAAGCCAAAGUUCGCCAAGGAGCAUUAGCGUGUUUUCUUUCUACAAUAAAGUCAAUAGAAAAAAAAGUUCUUUAUGGCUACUGGUCAGCAUUUGUUCCUGACACGCCGGAGCUUGGGAGCCCCCAGUCUCUGUCCUUAAUUACACUUACCUUAAAGGAUCCUUCUCCAAAGACACGUGCCUGUGCACUGCAAGUUUUAUCUGCCAUAUUAGAAGGCUCAAAGCAGUUUCUUUCUAUUGCUGAAGAUACCAGUGACCACAAAAGGGCUUUUAUUCCUUUCUCCGUAACGAUUGCUUCCAGCAUUAGAGAGUUGCACAGAUGUCUUUUGUUAGCGUUGGUGGCAGAGUCAUCUUCACAGACCCUUACCCAGAUAAUUAAGUGCCUUGCAAAUUUAGUAUCAAAUGCACCUUAUAAUCGCCUGAAACUCAGCCUGCUGACCAGAGUCUGGAAUCAGAUCAAGCCUUAUAUCCGCCACAAAGAUGUUAACGUGCGUGUGUCAAGUCUCACGCUCUUGGGAGCUAUCGUGUCCACUCAUGCACCUUUACCUGAAGUCCAGCUACUUCUCCAACAGCCCUGUUCUUCUGGGCUCAGCAGUAGCAAUUCAGCAACGCCUCACCUCAGCACUCCUGACUGGUGGAAGAGAGCCCCAGCAGGACCCUCUCUGGAAGAAUCAGCACUGAGCUCCCCUAAGGGGUCCUCAGAGCCCUGCUGGCUCAUCCAACUUUGCAUUUCCACGCUUGUGCUGCCCAAGGAGGAUUCCUGCUCAGGUAGCGACACUGGCCUUGUGGCAGGCAGCACCUACGAGCCCUCCCCCAUGCGGCUGGAGGCUCUGCAGGUGUUGGCUCACCUGGCCAGGGGCUACUUUUCAAUGACUCAGGUCUACUUGAUGGAGUUGGGUGAGGUGAUUUGCAAGUGCAUGGGCGAAGCAGAUCCAUCCAUUCAGCUUCAUGGGGCAAAGCUUCUGGAAGAACUAGGUACAGGUUUAAUACAGCAAUAUAAACCAGAUUCUGCUGUAUCACCUGAGCAGAGAGUGCCAGUCUUCUUGGUGGUGAUGUUCUGGACUAUGAUGCUGAAUGGUCCUCUGCCUCGAGCCCUGCAGAGUUCAGAGCACCCGACACUGCAGGCAAGUGCCUGUGAUGCCCUGUCUGCCAUCUUGCCAGAAGCCUUCAGCAGUCUUCCGAAUGACAGGCAGAUGUUGUGCAUCACAAUGCUGCUUGGGCUGAACGACAGCAAGAACCGUUUAGUGAAAGCUGCGACCUCACGGGCCCUUGGAGUCUACGUGCUUUUUCCUUGCCUCAGACAGGAUGUCAUAUUUGUUGCGGACACAGCAAAUGCAGUAUUGGUGUCACUUCAAGACAAGUCUCUGAAUGUCCGUGCCAAAGCAGCGUGGUCCCUGGGCAACCUGACAGACACUCUGAUUGUCAACAUGGAAACACCAGACCCAAGUUUCCAGGAAGAGUUCUCUGGUCUCCUGCUCUUGAAAAUGUUGCGAUCAGCAAUAGAAGCCUCCAAGGACAAAGACAAGGUAAAAAGCAAUGCAGUCCGGGCCCUUGGAAAUUUGCUUCAUUUUCUGCAACCGUCUCAUAUAGAAAAGCCCAGAUUUGCCGAAAUCAUUGAAGAGUCUAUCCAGGCCCUAAUUUCUACAGUUCUCAUCGAUGCUGCCAUGAAAGUUCGAUGGAACGCAUGUUAUGCAAUGGGAAAUGUAUUUAAAAAUCCUGCCCUUCCACUUGGCACAGCGCCGUGGACCUCGCAGGCCUACAACGCCCUAACGCUGGUUGUGACGUCAUGCAGGAAUUUCAAAGUGCGCAUCAGGUCGGCCGCCGCCCUUUCUGUCCCAGGCAAGAGAGAGCAGUACGGAUCCACAGAGCAGUAUGCUCAGAUCUGGAACUCGCUGGUCAUCGCGCUACAGAAGAGUGAAGACACCACAGACUUUCUGGAGUUCAAGUACUGCGCCAGCCUCCGGACCCAGACCUGCCAGGCGCUAAUUCAUCUUUUGAGCCUGGCCAGUGCUGCAGAUUUGCCCUGCAUCAAAGAAACCUUCGAACUGAAUGGGGAUAUGAUCCGGUCCUAUAUUCUGCAGUUCUUAAAAUCAGGAGCAGAAGGAGAGGACUCUGGAAGCAGCCACAGCCCACAAGAAAGAGACCAAAUGGUGAAAGAGGCCCUGGAGCACAUUAGCGGUGUUGAGACACUGGCUGGGGACACAGCCAAAAGGGCCAUUGUGUGCUUUUUAGAAGAUACCUUGGCCAUUUAUUUUGAUUCUUCUGAAUCACAAGUAGCACUUCUUGGAUCAUCAGAUCCAUGACUAUUCCUGUAUACUUUGCAGAUGUCAAGUAUGGUAGUAAGAAGACCCAGUCACAAGCGUAGCAUAUGUGGGCUUUAAUCUUGGAAGCAUGAACAGUCUGCCCACUAUUUAGAAUGGGUUAGCAGCUAUUCCAGCUUUGUUCUAAGGGCUCAGCCCCUGUGGGGAAUGAAUGGCUCUUCUUCCUCUGGCCAUGGGCAGAGGUGAUAGAGGUUCUGAGCUGGGCAGCCGGGGGCCCAGGAAGAGGAUGCGGGAUAGGAUCCACAGACUGGGAGGUUCUGCAGGAUGUUUAGCAUCAGAAAAUAAAUAAAUGAAUAAAAUGUAAGCAGCUGUAAGAAUUACAGUGUCUAAAGUUUCAGGUCAUAUUUUCUAAGUUUUUGAAAUUGAUUUUUCUACAAGGUAACAGGGACCUAGUUUCAAUUUUUAUAGUAUAUAGUUACUUAGUGUUCUUGGCACUGUUCGUUAAAUAGGCUGUCUUUUCUCCCAACGUACAUAUUCGGCAUCUUUUUCAAGAAUAAGUUGGACCAAGGAUAUAGAUCAGCGGUAUAAGUGCCUGCCUGGCAAGAGCAAGUUUGAUCCUGAGUUCGAUUCUUGGUCCAGAAAAAAAAAAAAAAAAAAAGAAUAAGAGGGCUGUAGUGCAUGAGUUUGUUCUGUGUCUUGUGUUCCAUUGGUCUGCAUGUCUGUUUUUGUGCAGUACCACGUUGCUUUUAUUAUUGUGGCUUCGUGGUGGAUUUUGAAAUUGGGUGUGUGAUGCUUGCAGCAUCACUCCACAAACAUGUACAUGUCUCAGCUCCACACGAGGAAGGUGAACGUAUAUUACGGGUACCAAAAAGCCAGGAAGGGAUCAAGAGCCAGAUGGAGAGAGGAAGGAUGCCAGGAAAAGGAGAUAGAAAAAGGAACAAAGACGCAUUACGCACAUGCACGGACUCCACUCAGGGAAUGUAAAAUUAUGCACUACAACCAUGUACUAAUAAAAAAUGGUCUAAAAAAUGGGAAAACAUUCAUUGACACGC